AUGGCGACACCCAAGAGCUCCUCUUUGGCAUCAGCCACCAUGAAGGCGGCGCCAAUGGUGCCACCAGGGGCGCAGCUGCCCGGGCUUGUGAAGGGGACACAAAUCGCCACGCAGCCAGUGGGCGCACGGAUCAAGUCGUUAGAAGCCGCCAUCGAGGCAGAUCCUUAUGACCUUGGGGCCUGGGAUGCGCGACUUCGAGAAAGCAUUCAGGAAGGGAAGGCGGAGCCGGUCUUCGAGCGAGCUGUGAAGCAACUGCCAUAUGCUGCUCGGAUUUGGGCGGCUUAUGCCGAGUGGUGCGAAAUGCAGGACUCUGCUAUGGCGCUGGGGGUUUACAGCCGUUGCCUGCAACAGGUGCCCAACAUGGACCUUUGGCUCUCGUAUCUGAACUUCUCAAAGCGACAUCAGACCUUGGAAGAAGUCCUGCGCUCCUAUGGCAGAGCCAUUGACCUUUUGGGCAGUGACUGGAGGGCUGCUCCAGUGUGGUCAGACUACCUCGCCCUGCUGAAACACGCAUACAACUUGAAGCAAAAGAAGGAGAAUCCCGAUGCAGAGCUGCAAGGGAAGCUCUUGGCAGAAGAUCCCAAUCCCAUUGACACGGCCAAACGGAUGCUCAAGAAGGAGCUGAAGCAAAAGCAGGAAGAGUCUGGCCGAGCUUCAGCUGAUAUCUCUGACGCCGAAUUCCUGCGAGUCUCCGAAGUUCUGAAGAUCGAUACGGACUUUGUGCGGAAGGUUUUUCAGAGAUGUGCUGGAGCGUCACAUAGCACAAUGGACAAACUCUGGGUGGGCUAUGAGCAGUUCGAAAAAUCUCAGGGCAAUCCUGCGAUGGCAGCAAAGUACAUGUCUGAGCACUUGCCUCGCUACGUGAAAGGAAAGGCGGCAUAUAAGGAGCUUAGUCAACUUGGCGCCAAUAUGGACUUCUACGCGGUGGCGGUGCCUUUGACUCCCAAAACCGAGUUGGAGCAGAGGAAAACGUUUGACCAGUGGCGGGCCAUUUUGCGCUUCGAGCGGACCAAUCCCUUGCAGCUGGACACCGAAGAGCUGACCGCGAGAGUGGCGCUGGUGUACCAGCAGGCAUCGUUAGCUUGCGGCUUCUUUCCAGACCUGUGGUAUGAUUUCUCAGCAUGGCUAGACCUCGGUACGAAACAAGAAGAAGCAACUGAAGUUUUGCGGAAGGCUGUUCAGCGGUUCCUACCCAAGGAUCUCACGUUGCGGUUGCUGCUGGCUCAGCGGUAUGAACUCGGGGAGAGCCCACUGCCGGGUAGUCAGCUAGAGGCUGCAGAUGAUGCAUAUCGGAAAUUGAUGGAUGAUAUGCCUCGGCCCUGUCCAUUGGCACUCAUCAACUUCCUGGGCUAUGUCAGAAGGCAACGCGGGGCCAAUGAUUUCCGUGAUACCUUCCUGGAAGCCACGGAGUCAUCACCACAUUGCACUUGGGAGGUCUAUGUGUUUGCAGCCAUGACCGAGUACCAUGUCUAUGGCGCAGUCGAGGCUGCGGCGGGGGUUUUCCGUUUGGGCCUCGAACGCUACGGUGACCGAGAGCCAUCGCUUCUCGCUGCCUAUGUGAAUUUCCUCAUAGGCUGCAACGACUUGCGCAGCGCACGGGCAGAGCUCACCCAAGGUGUCCUGGACAAGCUGCAGCAGGCAGUCAGGGACAAACUCGCCAACCGCGAAGAGAGCCGAGCAAUGAGGGAAAGCUUGGCCUUUUUGUGGCAGAAGUGGGCCAGGCUCGAGAACUAUUUUGGCGAUGCCGAAGCGGUGCGCCGUGCAACGUCGUUCAGAGAUUCUGAAUAUCGAAACCUCCAACGAGACCUUGAGGUUGAUGAAGAGAAUAUUUUGCAAACACCAAUCUCUCUUGGCUUGUCAACGAGCAUUCAGGAGGUCGAAGAGAGCUUCCGAUUCCUACAUUUGGUGCCAAGGUCUCGCCCAGAGCUUGCAGUGAACCUGCACCUAGCCGUUGAGUUGGAGGAUCAAGUAGUGGCUGAUGCGGAGGCAGAGAAUCAGCGCUUGGGUGCUGCGCCUGCUGUUGGCUUCUCCUCCCAAGUGGCGCGGCCGGACACAUCGAAGAUGUUGGCCUUCAAGCCCGCGCUGGACGUGGUCAGCAGCAGAAAGCGGCAGGUGGAAGGAAUUCCAACGGAGCGCCGGGGCGAGGAGGCUCAACUCCCAGUGAUGAUCCCCAAGUGCUUACAAGAUUUGUUGGCGGUGCUGCCCUCCAGGCCAAUGAAGGGUGCAAAGCCGGAUGUGGACUACCUGCUCAUGGUUCUGCAGACGGUGUCGAUCCCACCAGUUCCUGUUAAGGAAUUGGACACCUUCCGCUAUGAUAGCUUGCGGCUCCUGAAGAGCGAGGAGGACCGCGUCUUUAUGAAGGAUGAUGAGGAUGCUGAUGGCUUCUUCAGUGCCAGAGCGACUCAUUAUCGAGAACGUCUGCAAGCCAAACGGCAAAAAGUCCUCGUGGAGCAGCACACCAAGCAGGAAGCAUGA